GUAAAGUUCAAACCGUAAACGAUGCAAUGAUCAUUUUUGAGGCAUGCCGUAGAGGAAUUCUUCAAAGAACUACGCGUCGUCUAUUAGAAAAAGAAAAGGAGGAACUGCGAAGCGGACAAGUUUAUGUAUUUGAUGAAAACGAAUCAGGAAUCAAGAGAUGGACCGACGGACGUCUUUGGUCCCCUAGUCGAAUCAUCAAAGAUUUCUUGGUAUAUCGUGAAUUAGCUACUCGCGACCGAAGUGUAAAACGAGAUGAACCAAUAGACGAGAUCUUGCAAAGAAGAGUUCAAGCAGAAGGAUUAAAAGUCCAUCAAUGCAGUAAAGGAACAUUUAUCCUUCGUAAUAACGGCCUUUUGAAAAAGACAAUAUCUAUAAAGUUUAACGGUACUUAUCAACAUAUGAUUAUUUAUGAGGAUGGAAAAGAAAACGAGAAAAAGCUAUUACCUCCACAAGCAUUUCAAGAACUUCGAUCUCUUCAACCAGAAGAAGACAUCGUCAAAGCAGAAAAAAUGCCGAAAGUUAAUCGAAAUUCAAAAAAAGCAAAAAAGAAAAGACGUAUAUCAAAGCAACUCCCAUACGGUCCUAUUUUCUAUCCUCAAAACGGAACAGAUUCCGUCUUAUUAUGGAACCGUCAUCAAGAUGAUUACGGAAAUAACAACUACACUGAACAUGACUAUAUCGACCAAAAUUACAGUGUUGGAAGUCACAAUUCUAUUUCACCAGAAUCUUCGUCAACUUCCAAUUCAACGAUGAAUAAUUAUGAUCCUUAUAAUUCUGUAUCACAUAUGAUUUCAAACACUGCUACAAAGCUCUCUACUCCAAUAUUAUUUAAUCCCUGGUCAACUCUACCUGCAACUCGUAUUACUACUCAGAUGCACAUGUUUAGCAGUUCUUUGGCUAAUCAUUCAUCAUUACCGUUACUUUAUUCUUCUCCAAGCAUCUCGGGAAAUCAACAAAAUAAUAUGCUACAAGACCAAAAUUUUCCGUUUAUCUCUCAUGAGCUCCAAUUCCUUAAUAAUAAUGAUUCGGAAAUUACAAAUAAUGAAAACUUAAUUAAUAAUAUGUAUUACUAUUCCACACAAGAAAAUGAUAUUAAUAACGAAGGCAGAUCAAAUAAUAGUUCUAAUUCAUGUGAAGCGACUACAUGA